CCGGUCUCCGCCUUGCGACCUGCACCCCCAAGGGGGCGGGACCUGGGCAGGGCCAGCAGUCGCGGGAACCCUGAGCCCGCCUUCUCGGCAGGCUGCUCGCUGCUAGCCAUGGCCCCUGCACUGCUGCUGGUUCCCGCGGCCCUCGCCUCCUUUAUCCUGGCCUUUGGCACCGGAGUGGAGUUCGUGCGCUUCACCUCCCUGAGGCCUCUGCUCGGAGGGAUCCGGGAGUCUGGCGGUCCGGCUCCCUCAGAUGCCCGACACGGGUGGUUGGCUGCCCUGCAGGACCGAAGCAUUCUUACCUCCUUGGCUUGGGAUCUGUGUCUGCUGCUACUGUUCGUGCUACAGCACAGCCUCAUGGCAACUGAGGCAGUGAAGGCGUGGACAUCCCGGUACUUUGGCGUCCUUCAGAGGUCGCUCUAUGUGGCGUGCACGGCCCUGGCCUUGCAGCUGGUGAUGCGGUACUGGGAGACCACACCCAGAGGCCCAGUGUUAUGGGAGGCUCGGGCUGAACCAUGGGCCACCUGGGUGCCUCUCCUCUGCUUUGUGCUCCACGUUGUUUCCUGGCUCCUCAUCUUCAGCAUCCUUCUGGUCUUUGAUUAUGCUGAGCUGAUGGGCCUCAAGCAGGUUUAUUACCAUGUGCUGGGACUGGGUGAACCUCUGUCCCUGAAGUCUCCUCGGGCUCUACGACUCUUUUCCCACCUUCGACACCCAGUAUGUGUGGAACUGCUGACAGUGCUGUGGGUGGUACCCACCUUGGGCACUGAUCGCCUCCUCCUGGCUCUUCUCUUUACCCUCUACCUGGGCUUGGCUCAUGGGCUUGACCAGCAAGAUCUCCGCUACCUUCGGUCUCAACUACAAAGAAAACUCCAGCUUCUCUCCAGACCCCAGGAUGGGGAAGCAGAGUGAGGAGCUAGUUCUAAGCCCUGUAUUUUCUUUCCAUCUCAAAAUCAAAUCCCUUAGUAUCUAGGCCGGGCCACGUUUGCGUCAGACCGGGGGUUGGAAGUCAUAUUCUGAAGGGGCUGUCCCCUCUCCUGCCCGAGAACUCAAUUCUAGGGUCCUGAUCCUGGACUCUAAAUUCAGAGUUUUCACCACUGGCCUUCAGGGGCUGCUUCUCAUAAACCAAGAAUGGUUACAAAACUCAUGAGUCUACUUUUCUAUGAGAGCAUGACCUCCGUACACACACAGGGUCAGCCUUGUUCACUCUCAUCCCUAGCACUGUUAUUGGCUCUGCACCUCAGGGAUUCCCUUCCAGGUUUCCACUUCAAGGAGCUAUGUCAGGGCCUAUCUGAAAGUUUGUAGGUUCUUUGUACCUCGGCUGUGCCUCCUCCCCAUUCCUGCCUUAGUUUCUCCACCUCCUUAGGUCCUUCCCUACAGCUCUGGUGUGUCUCCAACAACAAUGUCUCCCGCUUUUAACUCGGGUUGACUCAGGGCUCCCUGCUCUCCCAAAGGAUAUGCGCUGCAGAAAAAUUAAAAAUUUUAUACAUAUGA